CGAUAUCCACGGGAACUGGAGCCAGAAUGACUUGGACCCCAGAAUUUAUACUGACAAAAAGUGGGCGUCUACAAUAUUGGUAAAAUGAGAAGCUGUGGAACUCAUUUUCUAUUGCUUGACAAAUAAUCUUUGAAAGUAUGUUCAAUUGGAAUAAAAGCAAUGCUUAACUGACAUCGACCUUGGAUACAAUUUGCACAAUCUGUAGCAUAAGCACGAAUCUCUAUUCUGCAUGAACUGAUAAGCAGAUACAAUUGUAUCUAAGUAUCUCUCCAUGUGUAUCCUAUGUAAACACGCCGCCAUGACAACGAGAGGGAAAGCAAAUUAAAUCCAUUUAGAUAAAACGAAAGCUGCCGCUGCUUAGUUGCCGCUGGCAGUGCGAGCCCCCAACUAAGGUUACUUGUUUCCACGUCUGUCUACGUCGACUGGCUGCCGUCAUUUAGUCAAGAGCGAGUCGUCGAACCGAUCUGGACACCAGCCAGGCGGAAAAUAUAUAUUCGCGAAUAGGAAAAUAUAGAAAAACAAACCAGCCGCAUUAUGACAAUUUUCUCAAAAAUUUUGCUGUUCCGAGCGGCGAGCGGACGUCAUUACAGCGCUGCGGCUCAGACUCAGCUGCGCGAGAUCUUGGGCACCCAGCUGGCCGGGAUUAAGGAAGCGGGUACCUUCAAGGCAGAACGAAUAAUCACAUCCUCGCAGAGCACCCAAAUUACAGUGCAGGGCAGCGAAAAGAAGAUACUCAACUUUUGUGCCAACAACUAUCUUGGACUGGCGAAUAAUCCGGAGAUUGUGGAGCAUAGCCAGAAGCUAUUGGAGCAAUAUGGCGCCGGGCUGAGCUCAGUCCGAUUCAUUUGUGGCACUCAGGAUAUUCACAAGCAACUGGAGAAAAAGAUAGCCCAGUUCCAUGGACGCGAGGAUACGAUUCUGUAUGCCUCCUGCUUUGAUGCCAAUGCCGGCAUCUUUGAGGCCAUUCUCACUCCAGAGGAUGCGGUCUUCUCGGAUGAACUCAACCACGCCUCGAUCAUCGAUGGUAUCCGCCUGUGCAAGGCCAAGAAGCAGCGCUACAAGCAUCGGGAUUUGAAGGACCUGGAGGAUCAGCUGAAGGCCAGCGAUGCUCGCCUUAAGCUCAUCGCCACCGAUGGUGUGUUUUCCAUGGACGGAAAUAUAGCACCAUUGGCCCGCAUUGUUGAGCUUGGUAGGAAGUACAAUGCACUGGUGUUUGUGGAUGAAUGCCACGCCACGGGAUUCUUUGGUGCUACGGGAAGGGGAACCGAGGAAUACGACAAUGUCAUGGGCCAGGUGGACAUCAUCAAUUCGACGCUGGGCAAGGCAUUGGGCGGCGCAUCCGGUGGCUACACCACUGGUCCCGCUGAGCUAAUCUCGUUCCUGCGCCAGAAGUCCAGGCCGUAUCUGUUCUCCAACACCCUGCCGCCCGCCGUGGUGGCAGUUGGCCUGAAGGUAAUGGACAUGCUGCUCGAGUCAAGUGAGCUCACGCAGCGGGUCCAGAGCAACACUCAGCGCUUCCGAAAGGCCAUGACCAAGGCUGGGUUCACCAUUGCCGGCGAGAACCAUCCCAUCUGCCCCGUGAUGCUGGGCGAUGCUCGCCUCGCCUCCCAGUUUGCCGAUGAGAUGCUCACUCGUGGCAUCUAUGUUAUUGGCUUUAGCUACCCAGUGGUUCCUCAGGGAAAAGCCCGCAUCCGCGUCCAAGUUUCGGCGGCCCACACUGAAGCGGAAAUCGAUCGGGCAGUUGAUGCGUUCAUAGAAGUCGGUCGUUCUUUGAAAGUAAUCCAGUAAGGAACGGGAACUGGUUUCAGUAUUGUGUAUUGCAUUUAUAUAAAUGAAACCGCAUUUAAACGAUUUAGUUUCAUUAAAAUGUAUAGAAGCUUAUACAAAAAUGAA